UUUGAAUAUAAUGAUAGUAAUUUUUCCAAUUUUUUAAUAAAUAAUGAAAAGUUAUUGAAGAAAAAUCUUCAUCUUGUUACAUCCAAUUUCCAAUUAUCUGAAACUCAGCAAGAUUUAUUGAGUUAUUCAAUGGAUCGUUUAAAAGAUGAUACUAUUAAUAAGUAUAUGUUUUAUUGUUUGCCCAAAGUAUUAGAAGAAAUGCUUGGAAAAUGUAUUAUGCAAUUAUCUCAAGCUCUCACAUUGGAUCAUGCAAUCAAUUCUAUAAACAUUGAUAAUAUUCAUUCAUCCAAAGAUUAUAUUUCUUAUUUAAUUCAAAACUUCUUAGGUCCCUUAUACAGGAAGUUAACUAAACUUAAUUUUGAUGCUCUACUUCCUUUGUCAGAAGAUAUGAAUAAUAUCUAUUUCGAUAUAUUGAAUAAUCACAGUAUGAAGUCAAAAAAGAACUUUUCUCAGACUUAUUUAUCUGGGAUUAUUUUCUAUAAGAAUAUGAUUAAUUCAAAGGAGAUUUCUAAUCAGGAUUGGGAAUUAAUUCAGUUUAUUUAUGAUUUUACUUGCACUUUCCAUGAAAUUAUAUGCUGUUGUGAAGCAAAUGAAAAUCCAAAUAUUCAUAUGUUAUCUAAAUGGUUGAAAAUACUCAUUAUUCAUAUUUCUACAUUUAGCAAGAGUAGAGCCAUGUUGUUGAAUAUUAAAAUAGAUUCAUAUCUCUUAGAACUCCUUAAUGAAAUUAAACAACUUCAUGACUCAAUACAAGAGAAUUUCAACUUAAUUGUUGCAAGUUAUUUACAUCCAUCAACUAAGAGAUAUCUUAAUGAUCAACAAGUGGGAAGAAUUAAUUCUUAUGUUGGUAAAUUAUCAUCCAAGAAUUCAAAUCAAAAGGAAAGCACGGCUGCUCUGUUAUCUAUAGAUAAUAUGGAAGAUAUGAUUAUGCAAUUAUUUGAUUGUAGUGGGAAGGCAACCAAAGAAUGUUAUAAUUAUGAAACUUCUUCUACUAGUGAAAUCAAAUAUAAUAAGAAUGCUACUUAUAUUUCAAGAGAAAAUGGUCCACAUCUUUUACAUUUUUGGGAAAGAAAUCAAUAUAAGUAUUCUACACUUUCUGAUUUAGCAUCUCAAUCUCUUGGAAUCCAAUUGAGUACAAAUUUAAAGUCCAUUGAAUCCUUUAAGAACGCAUAUGGAGGAUUAAAGAAUGAAGACUGUUAUCCUAUUCAUUUUCUUCAACAAUUCUACGUAUUACAUGGUUUAAGUAAAUGCUAUGAUUUACAACUGUUUGAUCCUAAACAAUCAGACGGUGAUAUAGAUAACUUUAGAAUAGAACCUCCAGAUUAUAUUGAUAUGGAUCUAGAUUCCAGCUUCGAAAUUGAUUUUAAGCAAUAUCAAGCUAAACGAUCCAAGAAAUAAAGAAAUAAAUAAAUUAAGCCUAUAAUUGGUGAGUGAGGGAUGAGGUUUAAUUUUGCAACUCAGCGAAACGUUCGUGCGUAUACCGAAUCCAAUCCAGUUAGCACGGACUCCUUUUUUUCCAAUCUCC